AUGGCCGGUUCCAAAUUUCUUGUCCUGGGCGGCACGGGUCCAGCUGGCAUCUGCCUGCUACGAGAACUUGUAUACCGGCAGCACGAGACUAUAGUCUAUGCCCGAAAUCCGUCAAAGAUCGAUGGCGAUAUACAAUCAAACGAGUUUCUCGAGAUCAUCAAGGGUGAAUUCGUCGAGGACGACCUCCCUACCCUUUCCGCGGCCAUGGCGAGGACAAAAGUCGUCAUCUCCCUUCUUGGCCCCAAUAUUAUACGAAUGUCCAAUCCUACAUUAUUCGCUGAUAUCUAUAAGACGUUCGUCUUUCCCCUGAUGCGCGAGCAUGGGGUCCGUCGCAUCUUCGCGAUGGGCACACCUUCUAUCUCUCGACCCCAAGACUCUUGGACACUGUUUACCGCUGUUGUGAUCCCUAUUAUCCGCAUAUUCGCACAUUCUGCGUACGCCAAUGUGCGAGCCAUCGGGGACGCAUUUGAGCAGCAUGCUGACGGGCUUGACUGGACCGUUUUCCGAAUCGCGGCGAUCCCGGGGAAUCACGACGAGGAAAGCUGGCGCACAGAUAGGGAGGAUGCGGAUGUGUUUGUUGGGUGGGUGGGCGAGAAGGGCUGGACGCCGUCGCAGAAAAGAGGUGCUCUGGCCAGAUGGCUUGUUGAUGCUGCAGAAGGAGGCGCGGAUAAAUGGGUUGGUAAGAUGCCAGCCGUUUCUAAGAAGGGAUGA